AACACCGACGAGGACAACGCUAAAGUCAGUCGCGAGGUCGGCUUAGCGGUAUGUGAAGGAAUACAAAGUUUUGGAAAAGGACGGUAUGAUGAAGCCGCUGAGAAGAUGCUACCUGUACGACAUGAAGUGUAUCGAGUUGGAGGAAGUAAUGCGCAGAGAGACAUUUUUGCACAAACACUGAUCCAGGCUUGCAUCUUAUCUACUAAUCCACAACAUUUCAAUCAAACUAACACCCUCUUGGAAGAGAGAAGCGCUCUCAGUAAGAACUCGCCGUUAGGGGAACGACUGGCCGCGAAGUUCAGAAAACAUCAUCCUUUGUAA